CAAUGACUUGCUUACAUCUUUACUACCACACUGUGGAAUAUGCUCUCUCUUGACCCCUUCAAUCAUGAAUCGAUAAUUGAAUCAAUUGGGAGCCAAUUAAAUGACAAUACAACUUCUCGCACCUCACCCAAGCGUCAACGUCUUCCUUCGUCCCUCUGUUUACCAGAUCGGCUUCCUAACAGUUCUUUUAUACAGCGUGAAGCCGAAAUGGCUGCUCCAAGGGCGAUUCUAAGACAACUCCGGCGAAGUCCCUCCCCUCCGUCAGAGGCUGACGAUCUUGACUCCGAAGACGGGAGACAUACACGAAACCCUAGCUCUGCUUCUACAGAGUCUACUUCUCCUUCAGCCUCUCCCUCCAGAUCUAGCUUGGAAACCCAAAGAAUUAACUCGGCCUGGAAGGAGCCCCAACCUUUUGAAGUCCUACGUGCUGUUGAGAGGAAAGAUUUGAUUUACCUCAUGGAAAUCAGAGAUCGUGCAUUUCAUCUACUUCUUCGUAAAUGGGGAGACGUUACGCCAUUACUACAUGCUAUGCGGAUAGGAAAGUCGCAUAGAGAUGUUGCGAUCAUCCUGUUAGGCUCUUUCUCCCGUUACAUCAAUCAUUUGGACGACUCAGAGUUACAGAAACCUCGGACGAAGACCAUUUUGAAAGCUUUACGCGCGAAUCUCAAACUCGCAAUUGACGUUGGAUUAGCGAAAUCGCAAAGCGACCUCACAGCGUCAUUCAUGCAAACUUUGAUCAUGUCUGAAGGUGACAAGUGGAUACAUGCUCAAACAUCCAAUGUAGUGAUUGCUCUACGAGCUGGUACCGCGGGCGAACCUGUGAAAACAGCGGAUGCUGCUGUCAGAAAGUUUGCUACCAAAGAGUUAGGAAAAGCCGAGCUGAUAGCGUCUUUGGAGGAUUAUAUAGCAAAUGCUGUCAUUGAUCUCCUACUACUUGCUGCAUGGACGUUGGCGUUGGAGACAAUCAAUGGUGACCCUAUCCCAAUAUCUUAUUUCGCCCGAGAUGAUCGUAUGUACAAAGCCCUCGUCGAACGAUUAGAGAAGAACGAAAAAGUGAUACGUCAGUCGCUCAGUCGUCGGCUAAAAUGGCAACUAAGGGUUAUGAAAACCGCUCUGGAAGGCAGGACAACAACAUACAGGCGGAAAGUCGAAGUCCUUGCAGAAGAACUGGACCAAGGCGACGGCGUUUAAGAAGAUAAACAGGUAGUGCGAUUAUUUUUGUUUUGGUCAAACCUGGGCCUGCUCAGAGCCUUGCUCGUAAAAGGUGCCCUGCUGGUCAAAGUACACAUCCAGUUGUUUGGCGUAUCACCGAGCAUACAUUAUUGUUUUUCUCAAACUUGAGUCUGCUCAGAAAAGGUGCCCUGCUGGUCAAAGUAUGCACAGCCAGUUGUUUUGGCGUAUUGCCGAGCAUACAUUUCAAUCCCACAAGUCACUAUCUCAGAGUGCUAUGUUUUUCUCUUUAUGAGACCGUACCAAUAGCUGUUGCCUGUGUUCAUAAUGAUACAAGUUGGGGAUAGUCAAUGAAAAUUAUUUACUGC